CAUUUAACGACGGAACACCAAAACUCGACCUCACUAACGUGAUUGAGAGCUUCAAUAAAUCGACACUCGAGAAUAAUUCACCAUGGCGGGAUACAUCUUCUAUAAUUAUAACCCUAAUAUGGUGGCAGCUGUCAUCUUUAUUGCUGUCUUCGGUCUCUCUGCAUUAUUACACACCUACCAGCUUAUUCGAUCGCGAACAUGGUACUUCAUUCCGUUUUUGAUCGGAUGUCUUUUUGAGUGUGUAGGCUACGUCGGUCGAGCUCUAUCAGCGCAAGAAGCACCAGACUUCACCAAGAACCCCUACAUCAUCCAGUCUCUUCUCUUGCUGCUCGGUCCAGCCCUCCUCGCUGCUUCGAUUUACAUGGUUCUCGGCCGUCUCAUUCGACUUCUCGAUGCUGGCGACCUUUCCAUCAUCAGCCCCAGAUGGUUGACUAAGGUCUUUGUUGCUGGCGAUGUCAUGUCCUUCCUUGCACAGAGUGCUGGUGGUGGUAUGCUCGCAACAGCAAAGACUAAGAGUGCUGUCAAGCGAGGCGAGAACAUCAUCGUCGGUGGCCUAGGCAUUCAGAUCAUUUUCUUCGGCUUCUUCAUGGUCGUCACUCUCGUCUUCCACCUCCGCAUCAACCGCAACCCUACACAAAAGUCUCAGGAGAUCACAACGCCUUGGAAGAAGCUCCUCAUCGUUCUUUACUCAGCCAGUCUGUUCAUCAUGGUCCGAUCCGUCUUCCGUGUCGCCGAGUAUGUCAUGGGCAAGGACAGUGAGCUCCAAUCGAAGGAGUACUUUAUCUACAUCUUCGAUGCUCUCCUCAUGAGUCUCGUUGUGGUCUCCCUCAAUGUGUUCCAUCCCAGCCGCGUGAUCAACCAUGAUAAGGACAGGAAGCGAAUUGUCAGCCAGGAUGGAUAUGCGCUGGAGAGCCAGCCCGUGGGCGGAGAUGACAGAGACCGACGAUACUCACUCUCACCUGUCCGUCCUAAGCAUACCCAUUGAGGGAUAUAUGGAGAAGUGAACUAGGAGCGGGACGGAUUCGGGGUUGAUAUGGCCAUCGAGAGCUAAUGGAGCCAGUGUUUUGAAGCGAGUGGGACUGAUACGAUCUCCAGUCAAUGUGGGAAGAAAGCGGUAAAACUUCUAUAG